GACGAAUGAAGCGUGAUAUAUACGUAUACAUACGCACGCACAUGCUGUGAAGCGUGAUCCUCACACCUUCGCGAAUGCAUCCGGCCUGCUGGCCUUUACCAAUUGCCUGUUCAUUUCCCUGCGGUGCGGUGCGGACACAUCGCAGAGAGACGACGGCGACGAUUACGAGCACUGACAGAGAGAGAUGAGGAGAUGAAGUCUUGCCGCCGCACCCAGUGCCGCUGCCUCCGCCCCUCCUCUUCCUCGGCCAAACCCUCCACCGCCGCCGCCUUCUUCGUCUCCUACUCCUCCUUCCUCCUCGCCCUCUCCUCCCUCCUCCGCCCCUCCGCUGCCCUCGUCCACUUCCGCGCCAAGUCCUUCUCCUUCACCUUCCUCGACGCCCCCGCCCGCUUCGCUGUUCCUGUUCGUGGCUCUGGGGUCUGUGGAGCUCUGCACAUUGCCGAUCCUAUCGACGCUUGCUCUCCCAUCCGGAGCAAUUGGACCGCUGUAGGACGAGGCGGGACUCCGGCGCAUUCCGAUUUUGUUCUUAUCGUGAGAGGUGUUUGCAGCUUCGAGAAUAAGGUCAGGAUCGCUCAGGAUGCUGGAUACCAGGCUGCAAUCAUCUACGACGACCUCGAGAAGGGCAGCUUGUACUCGAUGAUCGGGGACUCUGCAGGCAUACAUAUACAUGCAGUAUUUGUUUCAAAGAUGGCAGGUGAGACACUAAAGAAAUUUGCUCGAGGUGAAGAAGGAGAAUGCUGUAUAGGAUCGUCUAUGGAUGAGACGGCUGGAACAGUGUUGGUAAUUUCUUUUGUCUCACUUGUUGUCAUAGUAUCAGUUCUUGCAGCAUUUCUCUUUGCUCGAAAUUGUCGGCUUCUGAGGCAUGGAGUCCAUAAGCGACCUUCUAGUAUGAAUAGACAGGCAGUGGAACUCCUUCCUUCCUUCACAUUCAAAACUUCCUAUGUCAAUAGCAAGCGCAUGGCAGAAACUUGUGCCAUUUGUCUGGAGGAUUACAGAGAUGGAGAGACUCUGAGGGUUCUUCCCUGUCUUCAUGAUUUCCAUGCAGUAUGUGUGGACUCAUGGCUGACGAAAUGGGGAACAUUCUGCCCGGUUUGCAAGCAUGAAAUGAGCUCUGGAGAAUAGGCUACCUGAUUUUAAGCAAAUCAACUUUCAUUGGUCUGAGCAAUGGCAACUAUUUACGGGUUUUCCUUCUUUUACUCAGGUUGCAUCUGUAGGUGGAAUAAGAUUGGCAACUUAACGCUUCCAUUUGGAAUGUGUUCAAGGAAUUUCGUGCCUUCUGUAAGACCAGAAGGGUAUGCUUCGAAUCUAGAGCAAGCACUUCUCUAUUGACCAGGCAACGCAUGCAAAAGCCGAGAGCAGCUCCAAGCAUCUGUCCCAUGCUUUCUUCUUGUCAAGUUUGCUUCGUCAUGCUCUUAUUUAUUUAUCAUUCUACCCAUUUAUGCAUCUUCUGUAUUCUCGUGUACUUCUGAGAGUGCUCGGGUUUUGUAUUCUGAUGCGGAUGUUUUUCUUUCGUGUGUUUGGUUUGAUGAGCAUGAGAGGGUGUUGAACUGAUUUGGAGCUGCUCGAGAACUGGCACUAGAUUGAUCUCUGCUUUUAGCGUAGUAUACCAUUGAGACUAUUUUUAUGCCGUCAGCAUAUAGUGCCUGUAUAAAAUUACUGUUUGGUGUAAUCUUCAUUUUUUUUAUUAUUAUUAUUGUU